AUGCAGAGGGGGGUGUUUCAGGGCCGAGGCGGGCGGCGGCAGCAGGGCGGGCAGUCGGAGCCUCCGCUCCCCGCAGCCCCCAACCGCGCGGUCUUCGAGCGGCCGCGCGUCGCCCCCAAGGUCGCCGCCCCAGUGCCGCUGAGCGAACGAGACAAGUACAGUACCCCGGGCGACGCCGGCGCCCGCGGCCGCGGCCGCGCCCUCGCCCCCGCGCCCGCCUCCUCCCCGGCGCCCGACGCCGCGCGCUCCGCCCGACGCCGACAGAAGAUCAGCGAGACAUUGGAGCGCGACCGGGCCAAGGGCUCCGGCAACCGCGAGGAGGACUACGCGCGCCCGCGGCCAGACGCCGCCCCCGCGCCGCGCGACCGCGACCGCGACAGAGACCGCGACGCCUACAAC